ACAAAAAAGUAAAAAAAAAAAGUUGUUCUGAAAUAAUCCGAAGUAACGAGUAAACGGCAAUGAGGGACGCUGAAAUCACCUCCCAAAUCCCAAUUACAAUCAGAGAAGAGAAAAAGGAAAUCGAAGGGAGAUAGUUUGGUUAAUACUUAUUAGUUUACUCCAUUUUUUCUCACCUCGCCUAUCCCGUCUCUAAAACCCUUGCAGCUGCGGCGCCUCAUCUCUGAUCGGUUGUUCCUGGAAAAGGCGCGAAGGUCGUCGGAGUUCUCUUGUCUACACUGGAGUUGAAGCAAAGAAACGGCUAAUUGGGGACGUACGCACUGGAGUUGACAAGCUCUGAGGUUCAAUUAUUGUGGCUUUCUUCAUCAAAUUGUUUGAUCACUAUUGGCUCACAGGACCCAAAUUUUGGCAGCAGUGGCCAUGUCAUCAUCAGAUCUCCCUGCUACAACAGACUCAAUAGCACAGGCUUUAGAAGCCAAGGACCCAGCAGAGGCCAUAUCCAUGCUUUACCGCAUACUUGACAACCCGUCCUCUUCUUCAGAAGCUUUACGCAUAAAAGAACAAGCCAUUUCAAAUCUGUCAGAUCUUCUCAGACAAGAAAGUAGGGCUGAGGAGCUUCGGAGCCUUCUGACUCAAUUGAGGCCCUUUUUCUCCUUGAUUCCCAAGGCUAAAACUGCAAAGAUAGUCCGAGGAAUUAUUGAUGCUGUGGCCAAGAUACCUGGAACAUCUGAUCUCCAGAUAUCCCUUUGCAAAGAAAUGGUUCAGUGGACACGUGCUGAGAAGCGUACCUUUCUUAGACAACGAGUAGAAGCAAGGCUUGCUGCACUUUUGAUGGAGAACAAGGAAUAUGCAGAAGCUUUAACCCUUCUAACAGGCCUUGUUAAGGAGGUGAGGAGAUUAGAUGACAAACUUCUUCUUGUGGACAUAGAUUUGUUAGAGAGUAAACUCCAUUUCUCUCUGAGAAACCUUCCCAAGGCAAAGGCCGCACUUACAGCUGCAAGAACAGAGGCAAAUGCUAUCUAUGUCCCUCCAGCACAACAGGGCACCAUAGAUUUGCAGAGUGGGAUCCUCCAUGCAGAAGAGAAGGAUUACAAGACUGCCUACAGCUAUUUCUUUGAAGCAUUUGAAGCUUUCAAUGCUCUUGAAGAUCCUAGGGCAGUCUUUAGUCUUAAGUACAUGUUGUUGUGCAAGAUCAUGGUUAACCAGGCUGAUGAUGUGGCCGGGAUAAUAUCUUCAAAAGCAGGCCUGCAGUAUGUGGGACCAGAGUUGGAUGCUAUGAAAGCUGUGGCUGAUGCUCAUUCAAAGCGCUCCUUAAAGUUCUUUGAGACUGCAUUGCGAGAUUAUAGGGCUCAGUUAGAGGAUGAUCCAAUUGUUCACAGACAUCUAUCGUCCCUGUAUGAUACACUCCUGGAACAAAACCUAUGCAGGUUAAUUGAGCCUUACUCAAGGGUUGAGAUUCCUCAUGUUGCUGAGCUGAUUGAACUGCCUGUUGAUCAUGUGGAGAAGAAGUUAUCUCAGAUGAUUCUGGACAAGAAGUUUGCCGGGACUUUGGAUCAGGGUGCUGGGUGCCUCGUCAUCUUUGAUGAUCCCAAGCCAGAUGCAAUCUUCCCAGCAACAUUAGAAACCAUUUCCAACAUUGGCAAGGUUGUGGACAGUUUGUACAUAAGAUCUGCCAAGAUAAUGGCAUAGGAAUCCAUGUGAGACUUUGUUCAUUUGGUGUGGCUUUUUCUAGUGCAAUUUCAUUGCUGUCUUUUCCAAAAUUCAUGCUAGAUAGGGGCAUCUUUUCCUUCUUUCAGUUUAAUCUUAUUACUUGGGUUCGAGAUGCAAAUUGGUUGCCGCAUCAUGAGAACUAAACAUCUGGAGUUACUGACCCUGUAUUUGUUUGAUAAUUAGAAAUUACCUGAAUUAUUAGAUAAGUAGUAUGCA